UACCAACCCUUUUCUCCCCCUCCCUCUCUCUCUCUCCCUUUUCUCCCCCGCCCCUCUCUCUCUCUCUCUCUCUCUCUCUCUCUAUCUAUCUGGUUCCUGAAAUAGGAUUUAAUGUUUGCUUGGAGUCCGGAUGAGAGAGAGAGAUAGUAGAUGGGGAAGCAGAUGAUACAUGUUUGACCUAGCCUUUUUCUGAUCUGUUUCUUCUCCCUCUGUUUCUGCUGGAAAAGUUUAGGAUCAUCUCUGAAUUUUUUUCUUCUACAUUCUCUAACCCACAUACAAAUAGGUACAUACUUGCAUAAACUUUGGUUCUGUUUCCAGAUUCUGUGGUCUGAUAUCUUGUAGAGGCCAAGUAGCUUUGAUCAAUUCGUAUCUUAUGCAGCCCCUAUUUUAUCUGGGCAGCCAUGAGUAGAUUCUGAUCUAUUGGAAGGUGUUGUAAGGAAGAGAGAAUUAACUGGGUGUUGCAACUACACCACCUGUCAGCUACGGCCUUAGCAGGUUAAAUGUCGUUUCGCAGCAUAGUCCGUGAUGUAAGAGAUGGUUUUGGGAGCUUAUCCAGGAGGGGUUUCGAAGUAAGGCUACAUGGUCAUCACAGGGGAAAGUCACACGGAUCAUUCCAUGACUUGCACGACCAGCCCCUCAUAAUUCAAAGCAGCCGUUGGGCCAACCUCCCUCCAGAGCUACUUUUCGAUAUAGUUAAAAGAUUGGAGGAGAGCGAGAGUGCGUGGCCCGCUAGAAAACAUGUCGUCGCCUGUGCUUCUGUUUGCCGGUCAUGGAGGAAUAUGUGCAAAGAAAUUGUCAGAAGCCCGGAGUUUUGUGGCAAGCUUACUUUCCCAGUGUCCCUGAAGCAGCCCGGCCCCCAUGAUGGAACCAUUCAAUGCUUCAUUAAAAGGGACAAAUCCAAAUUGACAUACCACCUUUUCCUAUGUCUUAGCCCUGUUUUGCUAGUUGAAAAUGGAAAAUUCCUCCUUUCUGCGAAGCGAACUCGACGUACUACUUACACAGAAUACAUUAUUUCAAUGGAUGCCGACGAUAUUUCAAGAUCUAGCAACACAUAUAUUGGAAAGCUGAGUUCAAAUUUCCUUGGUACAAAAUUCAUUAUAUAUGAUACACAACCGCCCUACACUUGUGGCCAUGUACCCGCGCCAGGGAGAACCAGCCGCAGAUUCAAUUCCAAAAAAGUAUCGCCCAAAGUCCCAACAGGCAGCUACGACAUAGCCCGGAUUAAGUACGAACUGAAUGUGCUAGGGACCCGAGGCCCUCGAAGGAUGCAUUGCAUCAUGCACUCCAUCCCGGCCUCAGCACUAGAUGCAGGAGGCACAGUUCCUGGCCAACCAGAGCUUCUUCCCCGCCCCCUUGAGGAUUCAUUUCGAAGUGUUUCCUUCUCGAAGUCAUUAGACCAUUCAACAGAAUUCAGCAGCUCCCGAUUUUCUGAGAUAUACGGUUCAUCUAUUGAGGAUGAAGAUGGCAAGGUGAAACCCUUGAUUCUUAAGAACAAGGCUCCUAGGUGGCAUGAACAGUUACAGUGUUGGUGCCUGAACUUUCGAGGGCGGGUGACUGUUGCUUCUGUCAAGAACUUUCAGUUGAUCGCCGCCACGCAGUCACCAUCUUCAGCCCCAACCGGGUCUCAGCCGGCCCAGUCGGAUCAUGACAAAGUCAUUCUACAGUUUGGUAAGGUUGGCAAAGACAUGUUUACCAUGGAUUAUAGAUACCCCCUAUCUGCAUUUCAGGCAUUUGCAAUAUGCUUGAGCAGCUUUGACACCAAGCUGGCUUGUGAAUAGAGGAAAACUUAGAGAAACAUAAAACAGUUCCUUUUCGUUGUUGUUCUUGCUUAUUUUCUUCUCCUUUUCACAUCGUUUAGGGCAGGAGAUUUGUUGUUAGUGUCAUUAUGAUGUUGUACAACUCACUCCAAUUAUGCUGCCAUUUGAGUAAACAUGCUCACAUCAUUGUAGAA